AUGUGCCGCGCCCGUAGAUCAUCCGCUAAGUCCGCUAAGGGAGCCAAGGCAAAGGUGACGAUCAAGAAGGACACCUAUGCUAGUCUGAUGAAGAAAAUCAUCAACGACAGGCCUGAAAAAUGGGCUGAUGAAAGCGACUGCGAGGAAAAGGAAAAUGGUAAGUCAUUAUUUUAUUUCGUUAUAAUUUGGCCUAGAAGAAUUUAGUAAUUGUUUGCCUUCAGUUUUCCUUUUUUCAAACAGUGUUUAUCGUAUCGUUAUGUGACUAUAUUAACUUCAAUUUUUCAGUUCCCCCAUGUCCUGAAACUCCAAAAGUCAUCAAGACUGAGGAUCUCAAAUCCGAGCCCACCGAGCCCACUGAACCUGUUCCUGAGAUUUUACUUUGCGAAUGUUGCUCUCCACCAAUGAACAAAUACUCCGAGGAACACAUGCACCAGUUCUACAACCCCAACUCCACAUACUACCAGAUGAACCGGUCUCCUAUCUUCUUUGAUGAGAAGUGA